GCAAGUUGCGAGACUCGAGAAUCAAGAACCGAUUGUGAGCGAUAAAUGUUGUCGAACGUGCAAAUGUUGAGUUUUCAGAGCUGUGUUGCCUCAAUUGUUGACUGCUGGAGCUCAUUCAACAUUUCCCUCAGUAAUGGUUGUGCUGGUAGUCAUGCGGCGGCCAAAAAGGCCUGGUUGCCCGGUGCUGUCAUUCAGUGGCUCAUGGAAAAUAAUUGCUCCGACGCCUAUGAACUAGAAGACACUUUGAGCUCUAUAUUAUUCAACGAAUUCCAUCUUUUAGUGGAAGAUGGUACUCUGAGCUUGGUGUGUUCACAAAUAAUAGACGCGCUAACACUCUGUGAGUCUGGGAGAGCUAGUGAGGCUGUUGAAAAGUACUGCAAUAAAAGUAACAGACCUGUAGCAAACCCACCAGUAACUAUUCAGCAAGACGACGACGACGAUGACGACGAUGAAGAAGUUAGUAAUGGUCAGGAUGAAGAUGUUGUGAUGGUAAUUAUGGAUACAACAGCACCAGACAGUUCUACCUCUGCAGAGCAUCAUCACCAGCCACAACCAGAGCAGCAGCAACUACAGCAGCCACAACACCCACAAUCAUCGCAGCAGCAGCAACCUCAGCAGCCACGAGAGCAGCGACGAAACCUGUACAACCAACCUGACCAAGAUGGCUGGACAACCGUGUCCAAACAACACAAAAAGAAAUGAUUCUAUCUCCUAAUUAGUCAUUGCUAAUGAGUGAUGGCAGAUACUGUAAAAAUUGUUUUUCUCCCUCACUUCAUAGGUUUCCUUGUAAAUAUUUUGCAAAAUCAGACAAAAAUAUCAGCAUCAAGAAGUGGCUUGAGUUUUUCUUUCACUUCUGUUAUGUGAGCUAACUAUUUAAUUUCCUGAUUUUAUAAUUGAUUGAUUGAUUGAUUG